GCGUCAAUUUGUUUAUUACGUAUUGGAGUGUAAUGUUCUACAGCCAUAGGUUCAAGAAUAGGCUAGAGGGCAACAAUUUUUCUAAAAAUGUAACUUGAACCAAGUAUAUCCGGGAGGCAAUAGAACACACGAUCGUCUUCAUCACCUCCAAUAAACAACCGGUGCAUAAAUCUGAUGCCCGUAAGGCUGUAGAACUAAGUUACUUUCUUUACAAUCUUAAAAAACGACAGUGUCUAGUGAGUUGAAGUAGUGUACAGUUUUAUUUCCUAGCGGGAGACCGUUUGUCAAUAUUCAUUUCGAUAUGCGGUUACACGUCAAUAAAUUAUUCAACAGCGCUCGUCUAGUGGCUCAAUGGCGACUAUUCAAGAUCGCUCUAGUCUUGGUGGUGAUUGGCGGCGUUUUCUACACAACGCAAUCGGCUCUUACAAGAAACAGUGUCGAGAGUUCAGUUUCUUCUUUAAUUCCAGCAUCAGCAGUCAUAGAUAUCUUCUUUAAUAACCAAGAUACCCCAGUGGAAGAAGAAAUUGAAGAAGAAGAAUUCCAAGAGGAUGCCAAUCGUUUGAAAAUCAUUUUGUACUGGAACGAAUGGGAUUCCGUCAUGGGAAAUCAGCCGCUAAUCGACGGAUUAUGUCCAGUCACUUCCUGCAUCUUCACGCCGGAUCGAUCGCUAUUAAAUCACAGCCACGUCGUUCUAUUUUUCGCCAAUAAUGAAACGAAACUUAACGACGCCUUGCCCGAAUAUCGACAGCCUCACCAGCGGUUCGUCUUUGUGGCCCGCCACGCCAGCAUCGAAUUGGAUAGUUUAAUAUCCGCACUAACCGAAGACGAUCGCAUCCGGUACAACUUCUUCAACUGGACCAUGACGUACCGUCGUGACUCGGAUAUUGUCUUCCGUGAAUCCUUUGGAGCCAUCAAAAAUGCGCCGGAAUUGAUGGGUCGAGGGAGGAAAACUAAGAAAAUGUUUUCACCGCUCCAGCUGAUGAAGAGACCAUCCGUCAGAGCUCGGGCCGUGUCCCGGAUCGGUUCCAAAAAGAAACUGGUAGCUUGGUUCCCGAAACAAUGCCACACUUCCGUCCGUCGGGAGGAAUACGCCCGCCAAUUGGGCCAGCACGUUCCGGUUGACGUUUACGGCCAGUGCGGCAAUUUGUCGUGCGAUUUCGAGUGUUACCAAAACAGUUUCAACACGAUCCGGGCCGACUACAAAUUUUAUUUGGCGUUCGAGGAGUUUUGGUGCGCCGAUUACGUCACGCCCGAGUUUUACAAAGUGCUGGAUUACGACACCGUGCCGAUAGUUUUGGGCGGAGCCGAUUACGAGGCUCUGGCGCCACCAAAUUCCUUCAUCAACGCGCUGGAUUUCCCGUCGGCCGGAGCUUUGGGCCAGUACCUUUUGUUCCUGGACCGGAAUCCGGAAUUCUAUUCGAAAUAUUUCGAAUGGAAGAAAGACUACCAAGCGGUUCUCUCUCCCAAAAGUGGCUGGUGUGACUUGUGUCGAAUGGCUCACGACGUCAGUUACAAGCCGAAAGUUUACAAAGACAUCAAAAACUGGUGGAUUGACGAAGUGAAAUGUCAGAACGAUUCGACGGGAAUUUUACCGCUCGUGAAAAUGUGAACAUAAAUACAUUAUUCUAUUCAUUGUCUUA